AUGGACGAAGAGGAGCUGCUUUUUGAUUCAUCAUUGGCACCUGAUGUGAAAUUGGGCGAUCUGGAUGAGGCAGCAAUUUUGGACGAUAUUGAUGAGAAUAAGGAUGAUAACUUCAAUGAUAAUGAUGACGAGGACGUUGUACGAUCGGAGGGAAAUGGUGAUGGAACAAAGAAAGUGUCGACUUCGAAUAUUGAUUUGAUUGAUGAGAAUGAGGAGUUGGAUUAUGAUGAAGAGCCGAAUGAAGAUGCCACCGAGCAUGAUCGCGAUCGAGAUCAUGACCGGGACCACGACCACGAACGAUCUCAGCGACGUUCGAAAUUCACAUCUGAAAGAAUUUCAUCUUCGUUACGUCGAACGUCAGCCGUUUCAAAUAGUGGCUCAACGUUGAUAACAUCUGUGGGUCCAUCAAAAGAUCGGUCAAAAGUCGGCUCUCGUCGUGAAAAUGAAAAUUCUAAUUUAGUAACACCUUCUCUACCAACGACAACUCUUUCUGUUCCUGCAAGUGUUAUGAAUACACCCUCUUCAUUGCUAUCUCAGUCAACAUCUACUACAGUUUCAAAUCCAAGCGUUUAUUCGUCGAAUGCUCAACUGAACCAAUACAAAUCGUCAUCUCUAAGUCAGCCAAAAUCUCAGUCUAAAGUUCUUAUCAAUCCGCAUUAUAAAGGCAUCAUUAGACCGCGUUCUGAAUUGGCUAUCAACUGGAAUACAGCGAUUGGCGUGCGAAGCGUUACAAAUAUCGGUGUACCUCAGAUAAGACCGCCUUUUAUCACAACAAAUCCAUUAAUACCUAACGCCAAUAUUCAAAUACCACCACCUUCACUACCUUUUCUACCACUGUCAUCGUCAUCAUCCGCAACAGAUUUAACGCGUUUAGCACCCCCGUCGUCGUCGAUGGGAUGUGUUGUGUCGUCGUCCUCAAUUGUACAUAUAUCAGCAAACUACCCAACCCCUCCUCCUCUGACAUCGAUCUAUGGAGGAGCUGCUGCAAUUUAUUCAACGAAUCCACCACCAGCAAGUAUUCCUCCACCUCUUACUCAACUCCAACAAGCGCCAGGCGUAUCGGUAGCAUCAAGCAGUCAGCAGUGGGAUCAAAUGGUCGAAGGUUUCUUAAGGAGAACGACAAUAAGACGUCAUUCACGUUCAACUUCAUCACACUCCUCAUCAUCUUCGUACUCAUCUCGUUCAUCGUAUUCACGUUCUAGAUCUCGAUCGUACUCGUCGCGUUCUCGUUCAUCAACCUCGUCAGAAUCAUCAAGAUCUUCGAUUAGAUCACUACGUCAUGAGCAACGUUUCAAGUCCAAACAUUCUUCAUCUUCGAGAUACAAUGAUGCUAGAAUGCUAAGAAAUGGUAGUAAAAGUCGAAGGCGUUAUAUGGAUCGUCCAAGAGGAACUGCAGACAAUCGUGUUGAAUAUCGGGAUCGUGAUCGAAGAACUCGACCAUUAGAUUCGAAUCAACAAGAAAAAACGAUGGAGUGUGCGAAGGCGAUUGGUUUGGAUAGUGAUUAUUUGACGAAAUUGGAAGAGCAAAAGAAGAUGCGUGAAGAGAUUCUGCGGAAGAAAGAAGAACGUCGUGUUCAGAAUGUACAGUCUUCAUCGAAGCCGCCGAAAGAACCCGAACCUGACGACAAUGGUGAUGGUAACGAUGCACGUGCCAGUGGCAGUAUGCACUCUUCGAGACAUUUACCAGCACAACACAGAACAUCCACUAGAGAACAACAGCAACAACGAUUCGCUGAGAAGAGGAAUGUGUCAUCACGUGAACGUGAACGAAGUAACAGUGAACGGAUGACCGGUAUGAAUCGAAAUCGUCCAGUUCGUUCAAGAGCCGGAGGUCGGGACCAGUCGGGUAGUCCUCGAGAACGACCAACUGCAUCGUCGAGACUGAACCGGGGACGUCGUGAGCAGUCUCCGUCAACGUUUCGUCGAAGUGGAUCAUCGUCAACGAUGAAUCGAGAUGAUGAAAGAGGUAUGAGUAAGAUGUGUACACCCUCUUUCUCAGCAAGCAAUCAGCCAUCCAGUUCAUAUCAUCAAGAUCAAAAACAGUUGAGAGCGUCAUCGAGAUCGAUGAAUGCAAAUCAGAAACAAGAGCAAAAGCUUUCGGAAAGACCGAUUCUGAGAACGAGUGACAAAGGUGGAGAUGGAACUGCAGCAGCAGCAACACGAGCAGUUCCCUCAAACGGCGCGGUAUCAUCAAGAAGACACUCAGCGCUAAAGAACACACCGCAGCCCUCUUCAUCAACUCAGUCCAAAUCGCCAUCGGUGACAACACCAAACAAACUUCAACCGAAUGCAACUGCCAGCGCUAAAAGCGUUCAGCCACCACCGUCGAAAAAGAAGGCCUAUCUAGCGGUUGUUAUAAAAACAUCCAAUAGAACAUCACCAGAUAUGGAACGUAUGAAACUGAUUGCUGCAACUGUUGGCCCAACUAGAAAAGUGUGGCAAUCACAUGAUGACAGUGUUUCAUUAAUUUUUGAAUCGCAUGAUAAUGCUAAGAAAUUUAUGCUACAAUAUAACGGGAAAAUAAUGAACGGCGUACGUUUGUUCGUGAUGCUUGAAAAGGUGUUCGUUAAUUUGGCUGAACUUUAA